AAUAGAUGCACAAAACCUCAAAACAAAGAAAAACUAGUACAUCCACAGGGUAAUUUUCUCUCUCUUUUUUUCUCUUUCAACAAAUCAAGAAGAACAAGUGAUGGAAGAAGAUAGAGAAUUUGAUAGCGUAAGCAAGCAAAUCGAUUUCUUAUUUAACCAAUUACAAUCCCUCAAACAGAAAGCUCCAUCAUUUGAGGCUAAGUUGGAAGAAAAAAUUACAAAACUUCAGCAUAUUUCAAAAGAUCCCACAGUUGAUGCAUUGAAUAUACAAGAACCUGUGGAUAGGUGUAUUGAGAGAUAUCAAAAUCAACUUGUCAAGAUCAGAAGAGUUGGAAAGUUGGUUGAAACAAAGGAUGAAACUGAUUCAGGGGAAAGAAUCACUUCUUUUGUCAAUAUUCAGAAACUCGAAGAGCUGGAGAGGAUUAAAAGUCUUGAAGAUAAGUUGAAGAAGGAAGAAGAAAAAGUGUCUGAUUUGGCGACCAAUUUCGGGAAUUGUCAAUCUACCUUGCUAGAACUAUCGGCCAAAUUCGACCAAUUAGCAUCCGUUGAUUUGGUUAAUCGAGUCAGGGAUGAAAUGGAUUCUCAACUACGUAAUGCCAUUGACCAAUCCAAGAUGGAAAUGAUUAAAUCAAGGUUUGAAAAUUUUAACUUGGAGGAGAAAGUAAACAAGGAAAGAAUGUUGACAGUGGAAGAGAUGGAGAAAAGAUUUGAUAACAUAAAGAAGGAAAGGAAUGAGUUGCUGAAGGCAUCGGAAGUAGCAAGUGACAAUAUCCGUCUCAAAGGCACUAUCUUUGCUAUCUUAUUGGGACUUCUCGUUAAUGUAUCCAUAACUCAAAGGUCUGCUGAGAAAUUCUGGAUGCUGAUCACUUUAGUAUCAAUUAUGCUGACGGGUACCGAGUUCAUUGCAUGGGGAGCCUUUAAGGAGAUGCUGCGGGUGGAUCAAGAGCUCAAAUUACUGAUGUUGAAUGAGUUUCGAUGGUACAGAGAUUGGGAAGAGUACGAUAACAGCCUCCCACAAAAUAUGAACCAACUUUUAUUAUUGAAGGUAAACGAGGUUCGAGAUAUUCAUUUGAAAUGGAACCGUAAACCUAUCAAUGAUAUUUGGGGGAAGCUUAAAUCAUACUUCACAGAGCCUUUUGAAAUUAGACUUGUGAGGGACAUUUCCGUGAAUACUUGGCUGAUUUUAACUUUUUGCAUCAUUUUCCAAUUGAUGCUGCCCGUCCAGCUGAUCAUAUCUCUUCACGACUUUGCUAAAAUCCUGAGCAAUGCCCCUACUCCUGCCUCUCCCUCGCCUUCCAUUUUACAACAUUUUCUGGGUUUCUGACUUGAUGCGCCCAUGGAGUUGAAUUCAGGUUUUCAUGAUUGUCAAGAAGGCCUUGUUUCUUUCAAGUAGUUAAUUUCCCUUUGGAUGCUGCAUGUCCUCGUACCUUGCUAGAAUUGAAUUUCAUUUUGCUGGUAGUUCAUUCU